AUGCCUAGGGACAGCCACCUGUUGACUCCCGUCAGUCGAGCGCUUCUUCGCGCUGCUAGAGCUGGGUGCACGUACAUACGACCUGUCCGCAAGGAUCCCGAGCCCGAAGAACUUGAACAAAAGGAUGAUGAUGAUACCGUUGUAGAGCCGACGGUUGACGAGCGGACAUUUGCAGCUAUGAAGUGGACCGCCUUACCUAGGACAGUCGAGCUUCCAGAGGUGGAAUUCUUAGCUCCCAGGAGAGCUGGGCUGCCGUCCCUGUAUGGAGCUGGAGCCCAGUCAAACGCAGCCACGGCGGGCGGCUCGUCGAUUCCAAUGCGCAAGACAAAAUUCAAGAAGAUAGAUCCUACAACUGGCGUCAUAUCAAUAUACGAAGCUUGGGUGCCGGAGGGGUACCAGGUCGAAGGAGAGAUCAUCCAAGAAGCCCAGGUCAUAGCCGAGAACCCAGACGCAAAGGUCGUCAAUGUUGAACCAGCUCCCGGAACUGUCGUUGCGGAUAUCGGUGUAGUGAACCAGGAUGGUGUCGUUGUUGCCACCGCCGAAGGCAGUGCAGUUAUACCAAAAGCGAACAAGGGGAAGCGGAAACUAAAGGCCGGUAAAGCAAAGAGCAGGAAGAAGGUCAUGUUUGCUUCCGGCAAUGGGACUGGACAGCCAGAGGCCCCGGGAGCUGAAGGCCCUGCCAAUCCAUCUGUUUCAGAAAAUGGGGGCGCUACACCUUCUGGAACAGUAUCUGUGCCAGAAGACGAGGAGGAAGACGAGGAAGAAGGCGAUGAGAGCGACGAGGAGGAUGACACUGCAACUGGUUCCAAACCUACCCCAACGGCUGACGGCCCUGUUGAUGAGAAUAACAUGACACCAGCUGGUGACGUCCCGUCAGAACCGCAGGACAUACCGCAACAACCGCCUACUACUGAGAAGGAAUCUGUAGAACCGACACCUUCAGAACCUCCUCGAACCACCUCAAAAUUCCCAGAACUGCCUAUCAUCACAAAUUCUACCUCUGAACAGCCCUCGAAGUCGCCCGCUGAGGAACCAAAGGAGUCUACUGCUUCCACUGAACCUUCAAAGGAAGCUGGACCUCCCGCCGAAGCGCAGCAAGCAGACUCCGAGACCGUUGAGCAACCUAAAAUUAGCCCUCCCCCAGUGUCUGCAGCGGAAGAUGCAAAGGCUGCGUCCCCCGUAGCGCCUCUCCCGGAAAGCCUUGACGACAAGAUGGACACAGCUGAGGAUGCAGCACAUCAUCAACCUACUCCUGAAAAGGCAGCGAGCCCCCCGGCACCAGCCAAGGAAGAGCAAGUUUCACCACCGACUAUCCCGCCGAGCACCACUGAAGCAGAAUCCAAACCCCAAACUCCUCCUGAUGCACACACAUCAAAUCCACUUCCCGAGACUAUACCCGCAUCUACACCCACUACAGGCCCCAGUGAACCUGCAGCCGAGGAGCCGGCAGGCCCCAGCUCCCCUCCUCCACCCCCUGAAACAACCGCAGAUAGCAAGCCAGAGCCUACGUCGAGCGGACCUGUUCGAUUCGAAGACGGCGAAGUUGAUCUGCUGGGAAGCCUGGAGGCAAGCCUGGGCAAGGAUCCAAAUACUAAAGUUCAAGAUCAACCGGAAGAUACGUCAGAAACGGCUGCCGCUACUAUAGAAAAGAAGGAAGAUGAUACCGGUACCAAGCCUGAAGCAUCCGCUGCUAAAGAGGAAGAAAGCAAAGAAGAUGAUAAGGACAAGGACGUUGAGAUGACUGGUUAA